AUGCAUCCGAAGAAGAUCUUUAGAGAUCUCUAUCCUUCUUCCCCAUUCUUCUUCUCUCUUUUCUCUCAAGCCACUUCCCAAUUCACCCCCCCAAACACAUCCUGUCACUUUCCGGAUACAUCGAUUGAUUUUCUCUCAAAACUUGCCAGUGAUUCAUACUCCCAACAUUCAAGCAUUGUUUAA